AUGAGCAAUAGUCGAAUGACACGCUCUCGUCGAAGGGAAAGUGGCGGAAAAGAACCUUUCAUUAUGGAAAAUCCGCGGGUCCCCGAGACAAUCUCAUCACUUUUAGUGGACCCUCUUCCAAUUCCUUCGGCGGCCUCUCAGAUUGAUCUGCUGAAGAUCAUGUCCCAACAACAAGAAGCCGCUGAACGUCAUCAACAGCAACUUCUUCAGCUGCUUCUUGAUCAACAAGAGCAGCGAAAGCAAGAACUCGUCAAUCAACGAGAACAACGAGAAAGGGAACUUGCCUCCCAGUUGGAGCAGCGGAGGCUUGAUAGAGAAGCUCAAGAACGAUCCGAGACCAGUCUUCAUGAACUGUUCCGGACGACUGUGGCAGCUCUUCAGGCUGUCCAUCAGGUGAACGGCUCAGGAGAACCGGCCGUCACCCCUCGAGGUUCCAGAGUCGUUAUUCCGCUUCCCUCUCCUGUUCCCGUUCCCGCUGUUCGGGAGGUCCAACAUCCAGGACCGUUCCAGGAUGUUCGAGACUCAAGUUUUCACCCUUCAGACAAGAAGGCGAGGCCCUUCGAUGGUCAGCCGUUGACUCAAGAUAUUUUCUUCAGUUCACGGGUCCGCUAA